CCGUCGGGCAGCGAGCGGGCUCCAGGCCAUGGCGGCCUCCCAGCUGGCGGCGCUGGACGAGGCUGGGGAGGGGGCCCCGGACAAGACCCCUCUCGGCGGGGCAGACCCCACCCUCCUGUACUCGGAAGGCCAGAGGCUGGCGCUGGAGACCCUCCUGAGCGAGGGCGCGGGCGCCUUCACGACCUGCCUGCUCCGGGAGAAGCUCCUGCCUUUCCUGGCGGCCGAGGAGGUCCGGAGCCUGGAGGCCUGGGCCGAGGACUGGAGCGCGGGGGCCGGCGAGGGCCAGGAAGGGCCGGCGGGCCUCCCUGAGCCGGGCAGCCUGACCUACUUCCCGGGCCCCUCGGACGAGCCCCCGCCGGAGCUGAGCUUGGGCUGGCCCGAGGCCCGGCCGGGGAAGGGCCCCACCCGGGCCCGGCUCUACACGCAGCCGCCUGCGGAGGGGGACCCCUCCAUCAAGGAGCUGGUGAGGAAGGCCAUCCGGGAGGCCCAGAAGCUCGUGGCCGUGGUCAUGGACGUGUUCACGGACCCUGACCUUCUGCUGGACCUUCGGGAGGCCGCCGGCCGCCGCGGAGUCCCCGUUUACGUCCUCCUGGACCACCGCCACCUCCCCGCCUUCCUGGCCCUGGCCCAGCAGCUGGGGGUGAACGCCCGGGCCACGGAGAACCUCGAGGUCCGCGUCCUGAGAGGCUGGGGCUUCCAGAGCCGGAGGAAGAAGCACGUGACCGGGGACAUGAGGGAAAAGUUUGUCCUGCUGGACGGACUCAGCGUCAUCACGGGCUCCUACAGCUUUACUUGGAGCGAUUCCCGCCUGCACCGGAACCUGGUGACGCUGCUGACCGGGGAGGUCCUGGAGGCCUUUGACAGGGAGUUCCGGACGCUGUACGCCGCCUCCCGGCCGCUGGCCCCGCCCCCACCCCGCGGCCCCUUCCUCAGCGUCCUGGAGGGGGUGCAGCUGGCCCGGAGCCCCCACCACAUCGCCGGCCGCCGCUCCGUGGCCCCCGUCUCAGCCCUGCCCUGGGACGAUGCCCCCCAGACCCCGGAGAGCUCCCAGGGCCCCUCCCCCGCGGGGCCGGCCCUGAGCGACGUCUUGAGGAGCAUCCAGAGGGUCCGGGCCGCCAGCGGCCCCCCUGCCCGGCCCAGCCGCUCCCUGUGGGACCUGAGCUCCCUCUCCCAGCUCUCCGGCUCCAGCGACGGGGAAGGGAGACAGGGGAGAGAGCCGAAGACGCCGUGGGGCGCCCAGGACACGCCCGCCAUGGCUCUGAUGAGGCAGCGGGGCGCCAGUGAGGACCCCAGAGCCCUGGCCCGACGCUGGGCCCAGCCUGCCCGCCCUGUGACCCCCGGGCGCUUCCACUACGCGUCCCCGUCCCCCCGGAGGCUCUGGGAGGAUCUGGGGCCCCCGGGCCGCGGGCGGCCCCACCGUGCCAGCCAGGGCGCCGCCCACUGACCCCGGCCCGCGCCGUGUGCUUCCCAAGCGCGGCUCGGGGUACUCGAGAGCCCGGGGCCCGGUGGGCGCGAGCCUGGAAGGGGGGCCCCAGGAGCGGGGGAAGCCCCUUCCCCUCCAGCUAAGCCGCGCUUCGCGGUCCGCCACCCAACGCCCCCCCCCCCCCAGGACCCAGGCCCGCCAGCCUGGCUGUGACUCAGGGCCCUGCCACGCCUUUGGCACCUGCUGCAGCCUCCUGCCCAGCUGGCACUGCCCGGCCCCGCCCCGCCCCCACCCUGGCUCUAGCCCCGCCCACCCCAGGCUGGCUUGCCCCCAUCCUGGCUCUAGCCCCGCCCCACUCCGGCUCUAGCCCCGCCCCCAGCCGGGCUCCCUCUCCCCAGGAGCCGCUGCCCCCACCCUGGCUCUAGCCCCGCCCCACUCCGGCUCUAGCCCCUCCCCUCCCCAGG